AUGUCCUUCAGUUCCGAAACAACAUUUGAUGAAUACUGCGCCAACUUCUCUGGACAAAACUCCCGAUGGGAAACUUUUGGCCUAUUCUUCACUGCCGUUUGUCGAGCCUCUGUAGAUCUGGCUUAUGCAGAACCGCUGUAUGGCUCAGAGCAACAACGUCGUAAGAUCCAAAAGUUGACACUUUCGUACUCGGACCGAUGUUUGGAUCUUUGUCUACCGCUGGAUUGUAUGAAUGAUCUACAGCUUGUUCUACAGUAUGAGAAUUUUAUCUCUCAUUCGCAGGUUGAUGGUGAUCAGAGCUACCUCUCUUGGCGGAAACUAGGAGACGUAGCAGCCUCCCUUUUCGCUCUUGGCUACCACCAACAACAAACAGAAACAUUCCGUGCAGCUCCUCACUUCCUUCGCAAUCUUCGCCAAACAGCUUUUUGUCGGACAUACUCAGCAGAUAAAAAUGUGUCAAUAUUUCUCGGCAGGCCACCUCGAAUCAUACGCAAGUUCUGCCACUUUUGUCUUCCAGGGAAACAUAUACAGUCCGCCCAGGAAGCAUCUCGCAAGACAGCAGUCUGGGAUCCUGCUGAAAAGCCGGAUUUCAUUACGGACUCGAGGUGGGCUGCUCUCUGUGCGAUAUUAAAGGAAGAUUUAUUGGAUUUGUUCACUGAGGAGAACUACGAUGAAAGGGUCCGACAAGCACGACUUAUAAAGGCUGAUGCCCAUGCUCAAUGGAAUGCUGUCCCCGAAAGCUAUCGCCUCGAGUGUAGUCUCAAGGCAUGUGACCGGCGGCCAGUGGAGCGUGACUUCAUGGUCAAUAUGAAGCUCGCUUAUCUUCACGUACAAUUUCUUCUGGGUCUGGCUUUACUCCGCCCCAUAACCACAAACCCAGAUCCCGAACUGUUCAGUAUUUCUAUGGAUAUGCUUAGCCUUGUCGUGGAGUCGAUUAUGCUUAAGGACCAAAUAAUCAAUUCUGGCACAUCAUUAGUCUGGAAGGUUGCAUACUACGGCUUGUCAGCUGCUGGACUGAUAUCUCUCACCCUCGUAAACCGAUCCUUUGCCACUGAGACCCUUCAAACUAGCAUGUCGAAGGUAUUCCAAGACCUGAGCAUUCUCGUGGGAGAGAUUGAACGUGGAACAUUGGUAUAUAUUGACUCGCCCAAUUAUGCCUUACUAACUAGUGCCACUCAAACAAUUAAGAGUCUUCUCGAGCGCAUGGUGUUCCCUUCACACAACAUGACAACGGCUUCGGGCAAUCAACCAGUACUGAUAGAGUCCGAACAGGUGGCCGCCUUGGAUGAGGAUGAUGGAACUUGGGGUCUAUGGGACAACAACAGUCUCCAAGAUUUUGAAAUCAACUUCUGGCACAAUCUUGCUGGCCAUCCUUUUCUUAAUCAUUAG